AUGAACGCGAGCGGGCUGCCCGACGCGUCACUCACGAUCGCCGACGCGGACGUCGACGACGAGGAGGAGGUGCUCGAGGCGCUGAUCACGAACAAUACGCACCUCAAGGACCUGACCGCGCUGUGGCGGCAGCUGAUCGACAAGACGCAGCACGAGGUGCUCUUCGACGGGGUCCUCUUCCCGUGGGUCAUCGAGUGGAUGUGCGCCAUGUCGCAGUCGCGACACCGCGGCGCGGGGAUGGCGCUGAUGGUUCGGAUGACCGAGCUGGCGGUGGAGCUGGCGACGCAGGCGACGGCCAAGCAGCGGCAGGCGUCCAAGCCCGGCAAGAAGGGCGGCGCCGGCAUGGCGGCGAUCCUCAAGGAGGAGGUGCAGAAGCUGCAGGAGAAUGAAACGGCGCUCGAGGAGAUGGUGACGGCGGCCUUCACGGGGCUGUUCGUGGAGCGUUACCGCGACCGCGCGGAGGAGGUGCGCGCGAGCUGCCUCUCCGCGCUGGGCCGCGUCAUGCAGCUCCACCCGUCCAUGUUCCUCGCCGACACCUACCUCAAGUACCUCGGCUGGUCGCUGAGCGACAUGGCGGCCGCCGUGCGCGCGGCGUCCCUCUCGCAGCUCAGCGCGGUGUACACGGCGCACGGGGCGGCGGAGGAGAUCUGCAGGGUCGACGGCAAGCCCGUGAGCGGCGCCGAGCGGCUGCUCAACUUCACGCGCCGCUUCGAGUCGCGCUUCAUCGAGAUGACGCGUGACGUGGACAUCAAGGCGCAGGCCGUGAGCGAGGUGGUGCGUGUGAUGCGCAACAACGAGCCGUCGCAGCUCAAGGCACUCGUGCCGCUGCUCGCCUCGUACGCGUGGGACACGGCGGGGGGCGAGGCGGAGAAGAUGCCGGAGGUGUGCCUCAAGAUGGCGCUGGCGAUGUCGGACAAGCAGCCGCUACUGCUCGACUGGACGGGGUACACCGACCUCCUCCUCGGCGAGGCCCUGGACGACGCGGCCGAGCACCUGCAGGGCGCUCUGCUCUACCUCAUGUCUGCCGGCGCCGUGUUUGUCAACAGCAUCAAGGAGCCGGCCACGCCGCGCAAGAAGCGCGCCCUCGCCGACCAGGAUGAGCGCGCGCUCGCCCUCUCCGCCGAGCUCGGACGCUCGUUGACCGAGCUGCUGGAAAAGUACGGCGCGCAGCGCGAGGCGCUGCCGGCGCUGCUCGGCCUCGUCGGGCAGCUGCGGCUGCGCGGCGCGCAGGCGGCGCUCAAGGGGCCCGCCUUCGGCUCGCUGCUCGAGCAGCUCGAGGCGAGCGCGUGCUUCUUCAAGCACAACGACGCGACCUCGAUCGCGCUCUGCGCCGGCGCGUGGAGCGAGCUGAUGCAGCAGCCAGGCGAGCGCCCGCCUUCGGGCAGCACGCAGGCGCGCGCGCGCUUCCGGAAGCUGAGCUCGAAGCUCGUCGCCGCGCUCAAGCCGCUCGACGCCCACACCAAGAAGAAGCCUACCGCGCCCUUUGCCUUCGACGAGGCGGCGAUCGCCAUGUCCCGGCUCGCCAGGCUGGUCACGGUGCAGCCUCAGGCGGCGGCGGCGGCUCUCAAGCCAAUCGACGGGCUCGGCGAGCGAUUGGUUGCCGCGGUGGAGGCGCGGAAGGAGCAGCGCGCGCCCGCCGACGGCGGCCUCGUGGCGUGCACGACGUUGUUGCUGCAGCUCGAGACCACCGUCUUGUGCGCUGCGUUCUCAGAGGUUUACGACGAGCCGAGCGAGGCCGUCCUCGAGAAGAGGGACGACCUGCUCUUGCUGCUCGGCCGCGCGCUGCACGCGCCCUCGGCUGCGGUGGCGCGGCUGGCGGCGGCGCUGCUCGCGUGGCUGCUGCAGUCUACGUGCUCGAUCGAGAAGGGCAGCGGCGCCUCGGAGGAGGCGGAGGAGGCGGAGGGCGGCACGCCUCAAGAGUCGCGCGAGGCGCUGCUCACCGACGUGGUCAAGAGCGGGCUGGCCGGCGGCGUCUCGUUUGCAGCCGCCGUGCGGCUGCUGCUCGUCCACCUCGACCACCUCCCGCGCGACUACAAGGAGUUCGCCAAGGAGCUGUGGGGCCACAUCGCCAAGGUGCGGCCCCACGAGCUCUCUGACCGGCAGCUCGGGGUGCUGACGCUCUCGUUUGAGGAGGACGAGCCGGCCGUCUUCGAGGCCGUCGCCAAGCAGGCCACCAUCGAGGCGGGCGCGGCGUGGGCCCUCGAGCCGGGCCACGCCCGUGAUCGCGCGCGUUUCGUCGAGGGGGGGCUGGCGCCGCUGCUCGCCCUCUGCACGGCCAAGGGGGCGGCGCUGAUCGCGCGCGGCGAGCUCUCGGACCGCUUCGGUGGCAAGAGUGCGACGCUGUACCCACGCUGGAACCGCGAGCUGCGCAAGGGCCAGGGAGUGUUCGAAAGAGAGGAGGGGGCAGGGAGCUGGGAGGGAGAGACGCCCUGUACGUUCGCAUGUCUCGGGCCACAACCGUUUGUGAUGGCGAGCGGGAUCGCGAGUAACCACGUACACUAUGCUACAAACCCCACGAUCGCCGCGGAGACUCUACGCCAGAGGGAGGAGGGUUUGGCCGUGCCAUUUGUGAUGUUGGACAGCCAGGCUCUCGCGGUCUCUCGCCUCCUCCCGAAUCUGCCUCCGUGCCGCGCGUGUGCGAUGCGCUGCUGCCAGCGCGCAAGCGCCGUUGCAACAGACUGGCAGGCAUGCUGCGUCUAG